UCUUCAGCGCAGACGGGCAGAAAUUCUUUGGCUGUACAGUUUCCAAUCAAUAAGAGCGUUUUCCUGCUCAAAUCCUAGUGCUAUCGCUACUAAUUCGCGCUGUUUGACAAAACCGACUUCAAAAUUAUACGUUCGCCUAAAGGACACAAUGACCCGAGCUAACAUUGAACUGGGCGAUGUGACCCACCACAACCUGAAGCAGCUGAAGAAGAUCAACACGGUGGUGCUGCCGGUUUUGUACAAUGACAAGUUCUACCUGGAUGUGCUGGAAUCGGGAGAGCUAGCCAAACUUGCCUACUAUAACGACGUGGUUGUCGGUGCGGUCUGUUCUCGAAUAGAUACUACCGAAAAUAUGCGAAGGUUGUAUAUUAUGACGCUGGGCUGUCUGUACCCUUAUCGACGGUUGGGUAUUGGUAGUGUGAUGGUCAAGCACAUAUUAAACUACGUAGAAAAGGACGGUAACUUUGAUAGCAUAUUCCUGCACGUCAAGGUGGAUAAUGAAGGAGCGAUCGAGUUUUACAAGAAGUUUGGAUUCGAAAUCGUCGAAACUAAACAGCACUAUUACAAGCGUAUUGAGCCGGCAGAUGCGCACGUUUUACAGAAAACCUUGGUCAAGCGAUCCGGGCAUCAACAGCACCAUCAUCAUCACAACGGGAUAGCCUCUGGAAAUAAUAACAACAAUCAGAUCAAUCAGAGUAGUCAAAGUAUUCAGAAUUCGACUUCCCAGCAGCAGGCGCCAGAAAAGAAUCGAUAAGUAGAUCUGUGUCUGAUUUUCAACACGCUGAGGACGAGGAUGGGAAGGUGGAGAUUUUUUUUGUGUUAACUUAUUGCCUUCUGAUUGAAUGCUGUUACGACGAUAAAAAGUGUAUCGAUAUAGGCAUAUUUAACAGUUCAGUUUGCCGCGCAACAGCAUAUGUGGUUUAAUAUAGUUUCUCUUAUGGCAGUGUUGUGUUUAGCACCAAUGAUGUAGAUGCCGUGGCAGGAAACCGGGAGGACGUUAGAUGAAUCAAUAUGUCACUGUGUUUGCUAGAAAUCCAAUAAAAUUAAGCGUAGAAGUGAAUUCUGUGUGUGUUGAAUUGAAAAAAUUUAAUGGUACGUAAUUUAGCUUUUCAGUUCUUUCCUUUACAAACGAGUACACAACGAUUCCAGACAAAUUGUUAAACCAUGAAUAGCCCGG